GUAGUUGUUAGUUCCUGACCUACGACGAGGCUACAACUCGGUGCAGAAGUCAGAUGUCAAUCGAAAGAGUUUUAUAGAAGAAAGUGUUGCGUUCAAAGUCUUGCUGCAGAGUUUAUAAACCAUUUUCCCCUAAGUUCUGUUUUUCACAAGACAUUUCGAAAUUACUGACGAUAACCAUGGCAAAAGCGAUUUUACUUUCUUCAUUGUUCAAGUUCAGCGCAGGACGACAGCUGUGCCGAAGUCCCGCUUCCUAUAUCCAAGCCCAGAAAUUCUCCACAUCAAGAAGACGUGAUGCUGAGUUCUUCUCAUCUGCUGCUGAUGCGAUCCAUGAUGUGAACGAUGGAGCCAAACUGUUAGUUGGGGGUUUUGGUCUGUGCGGUAUCCCAGAGAACCUGAUUAGUGCUUUGCUGGAGAGGAAAACUCGUGGUCUGACCGUGGUGAGCAACAAUGCAGGGGUUGACGAUUUUGGCCUGGGACUGCUGCUCAAACAACAACAGAUCAAGCGUAUGAUCUCCUCCUACGUGGGUGAGAAUGCUGAGUUUGAGCGUCAGUACCUGAGUGGGGAGCUGGAGGUGGAGCUCACACCACAGGGCACACUGGCAGAGAGAAUCCGGGCUGGAGGUGCAGGUAUCCCAGCAUUCUUCACUCCCACAGGCUACGGAACACUGAUUCAUCACGGAGGGGCCCCCAUCAAAUACACAACUGAUGGCAAAGUAGAAAUCCCUUCAGAGGCUAGGGAGAGCCGUGAGUUUGACAAUGUGAACUACGUGAUGGAGCAGGCCAUUACCGGCGACUUCGCUCUGGUCAAGGCCUGGAAGGCAGACAAGGCAGGGAACCUCACCUUCAGAAAAACGGCGCGUAACUUCAACCCCCCCAUGUGCAAGGCAGGAGCCAUCACCAUCGCGGAGGUGGAGGAGAUUGUGGAGAUGGGAGAGAUCCCACAGGAGGACGUGCACGUGCCACACAUCUACGUGCAGAGGGUGAUCAAGGGCAGCAACUACCAGAAACGUAUUGAGCGACUGACACUGACGAGGCCAAAAGAGGCAGCGUCUGCACCGAGCCCAGCACAACAGAUGAGGGAAAGAAUUGUGCGGAGGGCGGCCCUUGAAUUCCAGGAUGGAAUGUACAUUAACCUUGGUAUUGGAAUGCCGAUGCUUGCCAGUAACUACAUCAAGCCAGGAGUUUCGGUGCAUCUUCACAGUGAGAAUGGCAUUCUGGGACUGGGCCCAUUCCCAGUACCCGGUGAAGAGGACCCAGACUUGAUCAAUGCAGGCAAGGAAACGGUGACCAGCAUUGAAGGGAGCUCCUACUUCUCCUCUGAUGAGUCCUUUGCCAUGAUUCGUGGAGGUCAUGUAAGUCUCACAAUUCUGGGAGCCAUGCAGGUGUCUCAGUUUGGUGAUCUGGCUAACUGGAUGAUACCGGGCAAGAUGGUGAAGGGCAUGGGAGGAGCCAUGGACCUAGUCUCUGGCACCAAGACCAAGGUCAUCAUCACCAUGGAACACACGGCGAAGGGUGGCAAACACAAGAUUCUGAAGGACUGUUCCCUGCCUCUGACUGGCAAAGGCUGUGUGGACAUGAUCAUCACAGACCUGGGUGUGUUUGAGAUCUCCAAGGAUGCAGGUCUGGUCAUGACUGAGAUUGCUGAUGGGGUCACCGUGGAGGAUGUUCAGAAGAAUACAGGCUGCGAGGUCAAGGUGUCGGAGAACCUGAGGCCCAUGCAGACAUCGUAAAGCAGAACCAAAGAAGAGGGAGAGGCACAAGAUCAAACUGAGAUGUUUCCUUAGUUCUGAGUGUGUGAAAACAUUGUGUAUGUGUUACGCUGUUUGUCGUGUUUGUGGCAGGGGAAAUCAGCUGUUCUGUUUCUCUCUUUGUGUGCUCCUUGCAACCAGAACCAGUCGAUUGCCUUUUUGCUCUCACUUACUCACUGACUGUCAAAUUGGGUGGGUGGGUGGGGGUGUUUGUUGCUACAUAUACUCAUGUCAAUCUUUUGGUUUGAACACUAUCUCCAGAAUAUGUUGAUGCUGUUUUUGGGCCAUGAGAGAGGGUGAUGUUGUCUUUGAGUUUGACUGCUUAUAUUUCCUGUUUGUUGUGCCAUGCAUCUCAAUCCUGCAUCGAUUUCUUUUUAAGGGUUUUCACCAAGUGCGGACAUUUCUAUUUGGCAUAUUUUUUUCUUUAGCUAUUCAUAUAUCUACAUCUGUUUAACAUCAGAUUUGGUCAAAUGUCUAGUUUAAGCUUAUGCUAUAUUUUAAAUUUUUGUGGCUACCUAAAAAGGUCUCUAGAUUCACAGGACAUGAGAUGGACCUGGAGAGAGGAUCUUGUAUUGAUUGUUCUCUUGAGGAAAGGUCCACAUGUAAGUCUACUUAGCUGUCACGUGUGCAGGAAUAUCUCUUGCUCUGUCUCACGUGUGCUCAAGGGUUGCUUUUUGUAGGGUGCUGUGUUCUUUUUGCGUGUGGUGAUUUUUGUCACAUGUGAGUUUAACGACUACCACGUUCUGGCAGUUGACUUGGAGCAGCCAGCCCAAGCUGAUUGUUCCAUAUAUACCGGUACCGCAUAAUAGUUUCUACCAGUGUACAAUCAACGAGAUUGUUUGGCAUACUUCUUCUUAUGCUUUAUUUUGUCUACUUAUCUGAUUAAUCUUCUUAUCAAGCAUCCAAAGAAAAGGUUUCAAAUCAUAGGGGCUUGUCAUGUGUUGUUUUGUUUGUUCUUGUAAUGACCUCUAAGACUCAAACAACGAACUUCAACUGUUGGGCAACUGAGACCUAAACGUUUUGUACCGAGGUGUUUGGCUUUAAUUUUAGUUCUUUUGAGGAGAGACUUUUUGUAUUAUCAUCAUUUGCAACUAUCUGCAGCUUAAGUGCGUGACAUUUGGGGGUAUGAGUCAGGCGGACCUUUUAGGGGAACAUUCGCUUUGCUCUAAUCACCCAGAACUUUAGUAAUUGUACAUGGAAACCCCUAGACAUGUUUGGGUUUAUAAAUGGCUACAUUACAAAAGGCACCAUACGCAAGAUCUGAACAAAACAAAUGAUGUGAUAUUUUUUUCCUCUCUCAGCUAUCGUCCAGCAGCACUACCUUUAUCAACAACAUAUAUAUAAUGAUAAAAUUCAAAAGGAACGCCUCAAUUAUACGAUGAGAUCAGAUAGAUGAAGGGGUGAGUUAUAGAACAUCUUUGUCUUUGUAGCAUGCUACUUUUACAUAGUGUAUCAUCUGUUAUGGGUGUAGUGUUUUCACUUGUUGUGUCUGCGGUAUGUUGUUACCAAAGCCAUACCGUAUUAUGUUGUUGGCAGAGGGUUGCCCACAAUAGGAAUUAUUAAAUUGUGUGGCAUUCUGCUGUAAUCAGGUGCUUGUCAAAAGUAAUGAAAUUGAAGAAAUCAUCUUUUUUCAGCUUGUCAGGCAAUUUUUAUCAAAUGUAAACAUUUUUGGCUCAUUACCUUGUAUGUGCAUUCAAAAACACAUUUUUGUGCAGAUUUUUAAACUGAAAAUUUUUGAUGAAUAACCCC